CUCGACUUCUGGUAUUCCCUGCUCCCAGAAAACAAUAAGCUACCACGAGAAAGGAAAGCCGAAGCGUCCGGACCGCGAUGAUCAUGAUGCGUCCCAAAUUGCCGUUCGGAGAUGCGCCUUGCGUUUGCCAUGAGGCAGGGAGCCGGAGGGAAGCGCGGGCCCGCGUGGGUUCCUUGUCAUAUACCUUCACUGACCUCAUCGUAUUCUGCUCAUUGCUACUUCCUGUCCCCCCUCCUCUUUCUCCCCCACAUCUACUCCCCCUAUACACAAUCUACAACCCACCCGGCGACGACCCCAGACGGACCCGAUAGCCGCCGUCCUCGAGGCAUCCUGACUCGGGCCCUUUUUGCGUCCUCGCCUCGCCUGCAACGCGUUUCCGGCGCGCACGACGCCCUUUGUCCCCUGCAUCCUUCCCCCCGCCGAUCCUUCUUUCAUUCAGCAUGGCACGGAACGCCCGGUCCCCGCAAGUGAACACCAGAGUGGCCGCGUCGCAGUCGCCGAUCGGGCCUACGGUGACACCCAUCUACUAUCCUGCUCCCCCGUCGACGGCGACCACACGGCGGCAGGCGCCGCGUGCGUCUGGGAACGGGGCGUACCUCACCCCGCCGUCGUCCACGAGCAAGCGCGGGGGCGGCGGCGAGGGCUCGAGCUCGUCGAGCAGCCAGCGCAUCCCCGUUAAUGAGCGGCUCCCCGUGGACGAGCGCAUGCCGGACGACGACGACCUGAACGACCUUGUGGACGCACCGGACGACAUCAACGCGCUGAACGCGGUGUGGACGAGCAUCCGACGGCAGAAGGAGAGCAAGAUGGCGAAGGAGAAGCCGAAGGUGGAUCUCCAGGAGAUCGCCAACGAGAUGGUCGCGCAGGCGGAGGACCCGGCGUUCGACCAGGAGAUGAGCGUGCUCGAGGAGGCGCCGCCACCCAAGUCGCUCAAGCGGCAGAAGUCCAUUGCGGCCUACCGCGAGUCGUCCGACGGGCGAUACAUUGUGGCCACGUUCGACAUGCGCGGCGUCGCUAAGGAGGAUAUACACGUGAAGAUGAGCUUCUCGCAGCGGAACAAGCCCAACAUCCUUUUGACGUGGGCGAGUGCCGAAAUCACGGAAUGGGAGGAUGGAGGUGUGAUCUACAGAGAGCGCUUGGAGGUGAUCUGUCAUAGGACAAUCCCGCUCCCGGAGCGUACACAGUUCAAGGAGAUCUACGCGGCCAUGAACAAGGAAUUCCUGGUCAUUAAAUAUCCAAACAUGCGUUGCAUCCGGGUGGACCAACGCUAACAGAAGAAGAAAAUACAAAGGUUGAAUGUCGCCGGGCGACACUACGACUGAAGGGUUCUCAUGGAUGGAUUUUCACUGGUAUACGAGGCAUCACGACCGGCAGCACGAACUCACAUAGCUAAUAGCAAGCUAACUGUAUUAUCACCGAUACCCGCGUUGUACGUCAUUGACUUGCUCUGACAAUCUGCUAUUCCUCUGCUUUGAGCUACAGUACAUCCUGUGCGUGCGAUACAUAGUGUUUGCUCAUCUUUGGGUCUGGUG